GCCCUUUUUUCACAUCUUUCCAUCUCUCUUUUUUUUUUCACCAUCUAUUAUUAUGGUUGCCAAUUUCUCAGGUCUUUUAGCUAUUGCUACAAUUGCUAUUGCUUCUGUCGCCGCUCAGGCACCUACUUCCAACUUGCUCAACGGCGCUUGUGUUACAAACUAUGAUGCAUCUGUGGAUUACUUUCCUCAAAAGUUAAACACUGCUGAGGAUAAGGCAACUUUCUUCACCAUCGAAUACCACAACAAUUACAAAACAGUGAUUAAUCAUAGAAGUGGUGUUUCUUACACUCUCGUUCAAUGUGGUACUCCCGCUCCUGCCAACGCAGAUAACUCUACUCGAGUUCGUGAAAUUCCUGUUACCAAGGUAGCUGCCAUGGAAACCACUGCCGUACCUUAUCUCGAGGUAAGAGAGAAAAAAAAAAGUGCUCACAUGACCCGUAAUUUUAACACAAGAGAAUAUUAGUUACUCGGCGUGGGUAAUAGUAUCAAGCUUAUUGCAGAUGGUAGCUUGAUCUCGUCUUCUUGUUUCCAAAAGUAUUUAGCCUCUGGAGAUAUCACUCAAUUAUCCGCUACCAAUGAGACUUUGCAAGCACAACAAAUU